AUGAAGAAAAUCAAAGAUAGUUUUCAAUUGUUUUCAUCAAAAAAUAAAAGAGAUAAUGAGAAAAACGAAGACAUAAGUAAUAGAUUAUACAAAAUUGGCAACGAAAUUGAAGAAAAAUUUGAUGAAGAUGUUGAAAAUAUAAGAUUUAAUGCAGAUGAUAUAUCCUAUUAUUUUGUGAAAAAUACGGAAUCAUUAAAUAAGGAAUCAUAUAAAGAAUGUGAUAAUAAAAAAUCAGUUAAUGAAAUAAAUAUAUAUAAAAGAUUACAAGAUAAAAAGAUCAAGACAUUAUUUGAUACAAGUAUAUGUGGUCCAUAUAUCUGUUGCAUUUUUAUUUUAUCAAAAAAAGAAAAUGUAAAUAUUGAAUAUAUUUAUCCACACAUAGAUAUAAAUGAAAAAAAUAUUAUAUUACAAAUAGAAAAUGAAAUGAAAAUUAUUACACCAUUUAAUGUUUGGUAUAGAUAUAAAGGAGAAUGGAAAGAAGAUAUAGAAAAUUUUCUUAUAGAAAGGAUAUUUUUAUUAAAAGAAAUGAAUACAUCUACUAAUGUAUUAUAUAAUUUGAAUAUUGAACCUACUAGUAAUAAUGAAUAUAAUAUUUUAUAUGGUAUUAGUGGUAAUAGAUAUUAUUCCAUUGUAUUAGAUUAUUUAGAAGAAAAUAUAUAUAAAGAAAUUAUGAUAAUAAGUCAGAUUCCAUACUAUAAUUUCAUAUCAUGGAAAUUUCUGACUGUUAUGGAAUCAUUUUUAAUAGAUAAAGAAUUUAAAAAAUUAAAAAAUUUUGUUGAUUCUUUCAGUGAAGAUAAUAAUAUAUUUGAAAAAAUUACAUUUGAUGAUUAUUAUUUGAAUUUAUCCAAUAAUAUGGAACAAUUAAAAAAUAUGAAAUUAGAGAAUAUCUUAAUAUUUUUAAAAGCGUUAUUAUUAGAAAAAAAAAUUGUUAUUUCAUGUUCAAAAAAAGAAAUGGGUUGUAAAUAUGUUUUAUUAUUUUUGUCUUUUAUUCCUGAUAUUAUAAAUUUGGGAUUUAAUAUAAAAAAUUAUGAAGAUAAAUUUGAAGAAUGGAAAAAAUCAAAAUUACCAUUAAUUUUAUUUCAUGAGACAUAUGUAUUAUUAUUACAUAUAGAUAAUCUGAAAUUAUUUAAUACUUAUACAUGUUCAAAAAAUUAUUUUAUAUCUACUACAAUUCAUAGUGAUGUAUAUAAAGGUGUCCAAAAUAAUGCAGAUCUUUUAUAUGACGUUGAUAAAGAUAACUUAGUUAUAAACAAUGAUAAUCUUAUCGAUGUAUUGAAAUUAACAAAAUUUGAAAAUAAUCAUUUAAAUAAAUUACAUUCUGUAUUUAAAUCUUUCUUUAAUUUCUCUUCAUUAUUAUUUGAAAACAUAAAACCAAAUGAAACUUUAAUAAAUUUACAAAAUAUAAAUUAUUCCAAUACAAAUAAUAUUAUAUCGAAUUUUAAUAGGAUAAAUGAAAAAUUGUUUUGUAAUCAAAAUAGUAAUAUUUCAUUAACAAUAAAUAACGCCUAUAAUAAAAAUAAUGAUGAUAAAAAUGAUGAUGAUAAAAAUGAUGAUGAUAAAAAUGAUGAUGAUAAUAAUGAUGAUGAUAAUAAUGAUGAUAAUAAUAAUGAUGAUAAUAAUAAUAAUGAUGAUAAUAAUAAUGAUGAUGAUAAUAAUAAUGAUGAUGAUGAUAGUACUAUUGUACAUACUAAAAGUGAGUGUGAUUUUAAAACUAUUAAUAUGAAUGACUAUAAAAACAAUGAAGAUAGAUCAUUGAACAGUUUGGAUAAUUUGCCAAAUGAAAUAAGAGGAGAAUAUCAAAUGGGAAAAUUGAAAGAAGAUAAGGUACUAAUUGGUACCACACGUGGUACAAUUAAUGAAAAUAGUGGAUUAUAUAUGAAUAAGUACAUAUCAUAUGGAAAUAAUAUUAAUAAUAAUGAUAAUAAUAACAACAAUAAUAAUAAUAAUAACAAUAAUAAUAACAAUAAUAAUGAUAUUAUUUUUAAUAAUAAACGUUAUAGUGAUAAUUUCCAUUUGAAUGGGACAUUUCCAUCAAAUGAAGGAAAUUAUGAAAAUGUUGAACUUAUCGAUGAUGAAGAUGAUAUAUACAUUAUAAAUUUAAAAGAAAAUUAUAGUGAAGAAUUAAAUUUUAUAAAAGAUAGAGAAAGAUUAGAAAGUUAUUAUAAUAAAACAGAAAACGUAAAAGGGUUUAAAAAAAAUGAUGAAUUAGAAAAAUUUGUUAUCGAUAUAAGAAAUCAUUUUCAUAUUUAUUUUAAUGAACUAUUUACUUUAAGUAAAGAAUAUUUUGAAGAAGGGAUGAAAGAAAAAAAAAAUGUGUAUGAAGAAAAUUAUAAUAAUUUAUUUAUUGAAAUGUGGGAAGAAACUACAAACUUUCAUUCUUUUAUUGAAAAGGAUUACAAAAUAAAUAAAUUUUUAAAAAUAGCAGAAGAAAAUAAUAUUUUAUUUGAUAAAAGAAAUUUAGAAAAGUAUACAUUUAUAAAUGAUUUAUUAAUAAUUGAAAAAGGAGAAAAUUAUAAUGAAACAAUAGAAAAUUAUAAUAAUUUAAAAGAAGUUUUAAUAAUAUCUUUAAAAGGAUAUGUAUAUGAAGGUACAUAUUCUUUUUUAAAAAAUUGUAAACAAGGAUUAGGGAAAUUUGUAAGUAAUAUAUAUGAUAUUACAUUUCAAGGAGAAUGGCAUAAUGAUCAAAUAAAUGGUUCAGGUCAUUUAUAUCAUAAAAAUUUUAAAUAUUUUGGAAAAUUUAAAAAUAAUUUGUUUACUGAAAAUGGUAUAUUUGUUGACAAUUUGUUAAAUCAAUAUGAAGGAGAAUUUUUGAAUGGUUAUUUUAAUGGUAAUGGAAAACUUAUAUAUAAUAAAAACACUUAUAUAGGAAUUUUUAAAAAUAAUAAUUUAAUUGGUCAAGGAAAAAUAUUAUAUAAAAAUGGUUCUGUAUAUACAGGGGAAAUAAAAAAUUUCUUACCACAUGGAUAUGGAUUUUUAUCAUAUGAUGAUUCAGCAAUAUUUGAAGGAUAUUUUAUUGAAGGAAAAAAAUCUGGUAAUGGUUUCUUAACAUUAAAAUGUAAUGAUCCUUCUAAUAAUAUAUUUUCAAUUGAAGGGAAAUGGGAAAAUGAUGAACCUGUAAUGAGAAAAAGUUUUCAUAUCGUUUUUCCAAACAAAGAUAAAUAUAUUGGGAAAAUAUAUAUUCUCCCAAAUUCUAAAAGAAAUAAUAAAUACAAAUAUAUAUCUGAUGAUACUAUAGUUAAUAUAAUACAGAAAAAAUUAUAUGAUGUUAACCAAUUAAUAGAAACCGUAUUUAAUUUUAUGUAUCACACUAAUGAUAAUAAAAAAUUAGAACAUAUCACAACUAAUAUGAUAACAGAAGAACAAAGAAAAUAUUAUUUGAAUGUUCCAUAUCCCAAUGAAGAUAUAAGCAAUGUUAAUCCUGCCGUUAACGAUCAAAAUGGAAAUAACAAGAAAAUUACAAGUAACCCUCAAAGUAUUAGUAGUCAUCAAAGUAUUAAUGACUAUCAAAAUGGUGAUAAUGAUGAUAAUGAUGAUAAUUAUGAAAUAAGGAAUGCUUCUAUAUUGAAUAGUAUAGAUAAGCCUGAAGAUUAUUCAUCGUUUAAAAAAAAAGAUAGUUUACCCAUAAUAUUUUUAGAAGAAAAACAAACUUCCACUGAAUUUAAUGGAACCUAUAAAGACAGUGAUGGUGAUAGCGAAAAUACAGAAAAUGAACAAAAGACAUUUUUAAAAGAAAAACUUGAAACAUUUAUAAAUAAUAAGAAGAAAAAAGUUUUGAAAAAUAUUUUUGAUAUAUUAGAUAAAAAUUGGUUAAUAAACAAUACUGAAAAGAAACUGAACAAAAAUAAAAAUAUUGUAGAAUACCUACAACAAAAAAAGUUAUUCAUUAUUCCUCAUAGAAAAGGAUUAAGUAUAUAUAAUAAAAAAAAAGAAAAUUAUAAUGGUAAAUUCUGUUUAGGAAUGAAACAUGGAUAUGGUAUAUAUGUUUAUGAUCAUAUAAAUAGAUAUGAAGGAUAUUGGUUUCGAGGAAUGAAACAUGGUUAUGCUAUUCUAUAUGAAGGAGAUCAUAUAUAUUAUGCUCAUUUUAAUUAUGAUAAAUUAAUUUCCAAAGAAAUUAUAUUACUUAAAAAUCUUGAUAAAUAUAAACCUAAAAAAGAAACAUCUAAACUUAAGGUAUAUAAUAAUCAGUUCUUAAUAAACCAAUCCUUUUUUAAUUUCAAAGAUUUUAUAUCUACGGUUGUAUGUAAUUAUUUAUAG